CUUCAUUUCAAAUCUGUGCGGUUAUGCAUCUCGGACGUUCAGCGGGAGGACGAUCAUUCAACAGAUCGCCAAGAAGAACGACUGGUCCUUACAGUGACGUCAAUCGAGAGAGUUACAGAGAAAUAAACAGAGAAAAAGAGAUCCCCAGGAGAUGUUUGGUGAUAAAACGAAAUCAUCCAGAGCCUGGAGUAGAAAGAACAGAACUGCGUUUGGUUACGUACCAGAAGUCAGGGACCAGACUUGACCAAGCACAUAUUCUGAUGGACGCCGCUCGUUACUUGCAAGAAAGGGCGGAUGAUGCUGACUAUGAGGACACUCGUCGCAGCAGGACUUAUUCGCGAUGUUACAGUUCCACUCGUUCAUCCGGUGGUGAAAGCGGCAGAAGUGGCCAAUAUGGGGACGAAAGAUCUGGUUCGUCCUAUAGAACAAGCGAUGUUACAGGCGAAACGAAGAAAGCGGCCCAACUUGCAGAUCGCAAAAAGCUCCGCGAAACCCUGGAGAACCUAGUGACAUAUUUUGCCCGCCGAGCAGAUGAGACCGGCGAUCGGGAAUGGUCAGUAAUCACUGGAAUUGCUGAGCGACUACUCUUCGAUAUUUCUGAGUGUAUCCAAACUGAGCAGCCACUGAGUCACGACAUGAUCACAAGGAUCAGGGGCCUCAAAAAGCUAGCCAGGCAAGCCACUAUCAAGGCCUCAGGUGGAGAAGCAGCUUCGUAAUAAGAUCAAAUGACAAGCGGAUUAUUGUAACAAUCAGUGUAGCAU